CAGGAAAUCACAUGGACAGAGAAAGAACACAUUGUCGCGCGGCAUGUUUCAGAUUUGUGUUGGAGAAACUAAUUUAUUUCCACACCCGUUCGAUUAUUUUAAGUGGAACGAUUUUACACACAGUAUAUUUGAGUAUUAAUACCACACACCCAAUAUCAGAGUUUAUUGCUAAGUUCCUGCAUAAAUGGCUGGAAUUCUGUUUGAGGAUAUCUUUGACGUGAAAGACAUUGAUCCAGAUGGGAAAAAGUUUGACAGAGUAUCUCGUCUGCACUGUGAAAGUGAGUCUUUCAAGAUGGACCUCAUCCUUGAUGUAAACAUUCAGAUUUAUCCUGUUGAUCUUGGGGACAAGUUCAGAUUGGUGAUAGCCAGCACAUUGUAUGAGGAUGGCACUCCAGAUGAUGGAGAAUACAACCCUCAAGAUGAUAGACCAUCCAGGGCUGAUCAGUUUGACUAUGUCAUGUAUGGUAAGGUUUAUAGGAUCGAAGGAGAUGAGACCUCAACAGAAGCAGCCACACGACUAUCUGCAUACGUGUCUUAUGGAGGCCUGCUGAUGCGACUUCAAGGAGAUGCCAAUAAUUUGCAUGGAUUUGAAGUGGACUCCAGAGUCUAUCUACUAAUGAAGAAACUUGCUUUCUGAAGUAGCAAUAUCUUGCUCUCCACACUUGUGCUGAUUGUUUUCCCUCUCCUGUGGAACGUUUAGGGAUGCUCACUUCAGUGGACUUAUGAAAACUUUGGAAGAUUACUUAUUUUAUAAGAAUAGUAUAGCUUUCCUUUGAUGAGAGAGUGAUAUUGCUAAAAAUAUGUGGGCAUAUACUGUAUGUUCAAAUUAAGUGUAAAUGUGACUGCUCAAUAGUUGCAUUGUUUUUUUUUUUUUCAUUGCUUUUAGUGCAUGUGCACUAUGUUGACCAAGAAAUGGUUUAAAAUAAAUUAAAAUUACAUGUAUGAAACAUUCUAUGCAUGUGAUGUCAUUAAAGUAACAUCACAUGCAUGGAAUGUUUAUUUUGUUUUAAACCAUUUUUCAGUAACUAUAAUUUUUCUGAGGUCUUUCAACUGCAUGAAAGUGCCGGUGUGUGCAGCACAUUAUGCAGUGUGAGGGUCAUAGUGGAAAUCACAAGACAAAUAAUCAUCAGUGGCACUUGAAAUAUUUUAACCCUUGAUUAUAAUCAAUAUAUUUGUAUUCUUCCACAAAGAAGUACACAGUAUCAAUACAAAGUAUUGAUAUUUACUCAAAAUGGCAGAAAAUAGAAAAUGAGAUUAACCCAUAGACAAAGCUGUCAGUAGAGUUUGGAAAUGUUACCCACAUAUUAUGAUUUAAACAGGUGCAGAUAAUUGUUACUGAAGCUGAAUGAAUAUGAACUUGUUUUCUUUGCAUUAUUCGAAUAAUAUCGAAUAUAUAUAUAUAUAUAUAUAUAUAUAUAUAUAUAUCUGUGUGUGUGUGUGUGUUCAUGUUUCUUUUUUUACGCCAGAAGUACAGAACUGUUUUUCAUUAAAUAAUUCCAAAAAGCACAAUCACAAUGAGUCACAAAAUCACAAGUUUUUUAUCAAGAAAUUGAUAAAAAAUUAUGUACCAUAAAAAUAAAAAUCUGAUUUUUUUUA